AUGAAGGGCCGUGGAGGAGGGAGAAAAAGGAAAAGAAAAGCAAAUCCUGAACUACCAGAUGGCGAGUCCAAUUCAGUUAUAAAAUUUCUCCCUAAUGAAAUUUUUCUAGACAUACUUUAUCGAUUACCCAUUGGUUCAAUAUCAGAAUGCAAGCAAGUUUGUAAAAAAUGGUGCGAAAAAAUUCGAAACCCUUGUUUCAGUAAACUUGUCUUCAAGACACCAGAUGAUAAUAAGGUGAGUUUUCUGUUCUUAACUCUAGAUGAUGAUAGUCAGCUUUAUCAUGGAUCUUAUUCCGAGAAUAGAGAGCCAUGUAUGGAAUUUACAUUUACUGAUCAUCCUCCCGUUACACAGAAUUAUAGUACAAGUGCAAUGGUAGGGUCUUGUAACGGUCUAGUUUGUAUCUCUAUACCUUUUACAUACAAUGUAUUUGAUCCCAUAUACAUCUGUAAUCCCUACCUUGGAGAACGGGUUUAUCUUCCGAGAUUCACUGUGAAGGUUAAAAACAAGAACAAUGUCGAAGUCAAGAAAACCACAUAUUUGGAUGGUAACAUAGUGAGUGGAUUCGGGUACACUUCUGUUACUGAUAAACAUAAAGUUGUUAGGAUCUACUAUGCUGCUGGGCAAUCUAAGGGUCAGGUGUACACUCUUGGUAGUAGACGUGGGUGGAGAAACAUAGGAGAGGUUUCGCACUCGUUGCUGCGUCACUUUGAUUGCCCUAUUGUCACCUUAAAUCAUAUCCUUGAUGACUCGCAUGAUGAGUUUUGGAAGAUAUGUAGCCCAUGUCGCGGUAUUCUUGCGAGUGAUGCCCUUCAUUGGUUUAAUCAAGAAUGGGAAAUUGUAGCCUUUGAUUUGGUAAAAGAGGAGUUCAGUUUGCUCCCACCACAACCUUGUCCUGGUGCGACAAUGGAAAACUUUCUUACACUGCAAGUCUUGGAAGGGCGGUUGUGUGUUGCCAGCAGCCAUGGUGGUGUUCGUCUUGACAUAUUCUCAUUUAAGAAGGAGACUAGCGAGUGGGAAAAUAUGUUUAGCAUAGCAUGUCUCUCAGAUCAGUUUAUGGAUAUUUACUGGCCAAUUUCCCUGACAUUGAGCGGAAAACUUUUGUUGCGGUCAAAUUAUCAGAAUCUCUUUUGUUAUGAUCCCCAAACUGGAGAGCUUAAAAAACAAAUGGAUCUUGACAAGGGUACUUAUCGUGGGCCGUCCUAUCAUGAGUACCCCAAGAUUGAAGCAAUACCUCAUAUGAAUAGCUUUGUUUCUUUAAAAGCUUUAGGAGAAAAGUCUCAUACGAUAUCAAGAGAUUGCAGUAUGUUGAAUUUACUUAUUUAUUUUUGA